AUGUUCAAGGAAAAACGUCCAGAAGCGAUCUUUGUUGGGAAACAAGGUUUAACCGGGGCAUGUCCAUAUUCUUUUUCAGCUCGAGUUCAAUUUUUUUCUAUACCUUCAGAGUCUUGAAUAAUAAGAUGGAGUUUGGAAGAUCAGUUUUUUUGGAUGUUUUUAGAAAAAUAUGAGCGAAAAAAAUCAAACUCAUAUAACAAGAAAUUCGAAAAAAAGAAAUUGACAGAAAAUUCUAGUUCCAGUUCAUUGAGUCUUAUGGGGCAACUAGUCAUCGCAAAAAGCUAAGAAAACGGCAUUUAAAUAGUAAAAAAGUAAUAAACUUUUUACAAAAAGUGGUUCGGAUAAAGCAUGCAUUCUAAAAAAAAGUGGUUCGCAUAAAGCAUAGGGUGGUUCGGAUAAAGUAGGUUCGGAUAAAUCAUUGGUUCGGAAUUUGGUUCGGAUAAAGCACGGUUCGGAAAAGUAUUGGCCAUUUUUUCUUGAGGCCCCUUCAAGGCCGGCCCAGCUUACGAAAUGGUCGGGGGGCCGGGAGGGUGAGGGGCCGGCCCUCGCACAAGCCUGUAGACAAAUAGCGCCAAAGAAUUUUCCUGUUGCUAGAAUACUUCAAGUGAUUUUUUAUGUUUGUUUCAGUUACAUUUUUAUUGUGUUUGUUACUGAUUUACGGUACAUUUUUUCGUUGCGCCAAAAAAAUAAGCAAGUCCUGUUUGCAGGUGAAAUUUCUGCCCGGAAUGCCAAAAAAAAGGCCAAGAAAAGUGGUAAAGAGAAAUAAUCGAGGAAGUCAGUUUUUUCUUUUUUCAUGUAAAACUCUUCAUUUUUGCAGAACACGCGAAACCGGCAGGUUCUUCCUCGAAGGAAGCUGAAAAGCAGAAAGAAGCUUCGAAAGCUACGGGUUUGUUCUUUUAUUUCUUCUUUUAUUUAAAAUUAAACAUGUUUGCAGAACCCGUGAAACCGGCAGGGCCUUCCUUUCACCGCGCGUUGGCAGCAGUUGAAGCAAUCGCUGAUCAAAAAAGAUGGACCUACGCGAAAAGAACUCGAACGCAUACUAAAAGAGGUCAUCGGAAUUGAACGUGGAGUUUACUUCCAGGAGUACACUGGAAAUCAGGUGCGAAAGCUGCUUGAAUCGGAACGCGUUGGGCUUUUGUGGGAUCUGCUCCCCGUGACGCCUCAAACAACUGCUUACAGAAGGGUUAUGAAUGCUCUCCGUUCUAUUCAAGAUGUGAGCAAGGCUUGCACUUUGACCGCCGCAGAGCAAGACCAACAUGAAAACACUAUCCUACAUUUCUGUGAGCAAACUGCGAUCGCUGACCUCGAAGAGACUGUGACCGAGAAGCUACACAUUCUUUCGAAACAUGUCACUCCUUUCGUCAGAAGAUUCGGAACUUGGUGCAAAAUGUCAGAACAAGCUAUUGCGGCGGCACAUGCAGUUAGUAAAGAAAAGAAAAAGGGAAACAACAAAUUAGCCCCAUCGCUCAUGUGUGAACUCGCCCUGAGGGGUAAAAUGUUGAUUGGAUAUUAA